GAGGGGUGCAGCUAUCGACCAGUACCCUCCCCCCAGCGUAGCUCAGUUUCCGGACGAGAGUCGCGCAGUUCGCUCGCGCCGCGACGCGACUCCGUCACAAGUUAGAUAGAUAGUCAAUUCGAAGCUACCACCAUGCUGAUAGGACUUGUUCGAGAUUCGGUGAUGCAGUGCUUUUGCCACUCAUGCCGAGCACCAGUUUUACCUGCAGCGCAUCGGCGGUCAGCGCCCGUCAAGAAACCCGUCGGAAAACCACGGACUAAGCAACCGAAGAAAGUCAAAUUCAUCACCACUGAAAUCCGUUGCCAAGAAAUGUCAAAGGGAGGAUUGGCAUAUGAAGUGAUCUUGGCAGAGCCAGUGGGCGUGCCAGUUCCUCGUCGUGCUGACUCACCCGAAAAGACUCCCUCUGUUGAAGAAAUUCAAGAGAAACUCAAAGCUGCAGAAGAGAGGAGACGUAGUUUGGAGGCUAGCAAGAUGGCCGCGAUCGCUCAGAAGAUGGCCAAAAUCGAGGAGGCUUCACGCAUUCGUAGCGAACAGACGAAUAACUUUAUCGUAGCCACAAAGGAAGCACUUGACGCCAAAAUGGACUCCCAUGAAGAGAAACGUGAGGCGUACAUCAAUGAAUUGCGCGCACGUCUGAAGGAUCAUCUUGAAGGCGUAGAAAAGACAAGAUUGACAUUGGAACAGCAAACUGCCGAAGUAUACAAGGCGAUUGAGGAUAAGAUGAACACAGCCGCCGACAAGCGCGACGAGAACAUCAAAAAGAUGCUGGAACGUCUCCGUGAGCAUGAGGAGCAAGUCCGCAAGGUCCGCGCGGGCAACCACGAACGCUUCCAACAGCUGGAGAGCGCCAUCCAGGACAAGCUGCAGCAGGCCGCCGACCGCCGUCUGCAGAUCGAGGCGGAGCAGCGGGAGAAGUUGCGCAACUACAAUAAUAAGCUCGCGGAGGUGCGGUCGGUUAUCACGACCAAAAUGGAGGAAAUCACCAAAGACAUCGAGGUCAAACUCACCACCGCCGAACAGAACCGGGAAAAGGAAAUUCAGAAGAAACUCGACUUUGUUAAAAAAGAGGAGCGACGCGCGGAGCUGGUGCGGCAGAACAAGAGCGCGCGCGCGGAGAGCGAGGCGCCCACCUCCGGCUAGACUCGCCGCGCCGCCACUCCGCCGACACGCCGACACGCCGACACGCCACAUCGCCGACUCGCCGACACGCCACAUCGCCGAUACGCCACCGCGCCGGCGUCAUGCGUAGACGUUGAUCUCGAUCGACGCGAGUAGUCUUUUAUUUUGCGCGAGCGCAGUCAGGGCUUCGACAUACUGUGACGUCACUCGAUCGUUUCGCUAUUUUCUUCCCAUCUCACGACGCCUGGCGCCGUGACGUCGCCGUUCCCGGUCGCUCGCUACGGGCGAUGCUAGUGAGAGUUUGUCGCUGCGAAAAUGUUCAUUUUUUUAUAUAUAUAAUCUGCGUAAUGAGGGUUCGGCCGGUUUACCAUAGAACGAGUUAAUAUUCAGCGGAGCGAUUGCAUCGGUGUUGUCAUGAUAAAAUAAUUUGACUCGAGAGUAAGAGUAACUCGCCUGUCAGUGUCACGUCGCGGUGGGAUGUGACACCGAAUAUCUCCCUCGAUCAUGCUUAGGAUGUUCUAAAAUAAGACUUUGUUAAUUUUAAUAUUAUUUUCACCUAAAAUGAUGGGCAAUAUCGCUUUAUCUAUCACUUAUCAUGGCCUACGAUUAGAAAAAAAUAAAUAUCAGGUUUGUAGUAUAUCUAACUGUUUGUGAUUCGAAUUUCGGGAUUCUCUUGUGCUUGAUUUAUUUCUAAUCUGAAUUUCGAAUUACAAAGAGAUAAACGGGAGUCGAUUCAGUGGGUUCCGAUUGCCGAGCGGAAAUUCAAAAGUAAAGCAUUUGAGUCGGAACCCUGUUUGAUAUGUAUUUUUCUACGACGGAGGGAAGAACGAAAUGAAAUGGAAUUAAUCUUUAAUCGUUAGUUAUAGACUAAUAUCAUUAUUUUUAAUGUUUAACAUAACGCAACAGUAUUUUAGGAAAGUAUAAUCUAAAUUUAAGUUUUUUCAUAUUAUCAUGAAUCACCAUCGCGCUAUAGACUGUCUUUUAUCAUAUAUUUUAUGUAUUAAUUUCUGUAUGUAUAUUGGUAGGUGAGGUGUGUACGUCGUCGCGGGUCGCGUUUGUGGUUUAGUCGAUAUUGUAUAAGUCGGUGGAUGCUUUGCCCGGAUAUUGAGCAGUUUAUUAGCACUAAACAUUUCGGUCACACUACCGGUCCAUACUAUGAACGCACUAGGCACGUUAAAACACGCCAGCGACUCCUACGCUCUCUAGAGUAUAUUUGCAAGGUAUCACGACCCGGUCGUAGGGGUUAUACGAAGAUAUUUUUUUCCAUGCGCGUAUACAGAUACCGAAAUAGUAUGGAACGUUAUAGUGCUCCUUAUAACACUUAAAGUGUCUCAAAAACACUCAGGGAUUGGUUACGAAUGAUCUGAAUUUAUAUCAAAAUUUUUAUCUUUAUCGAAUGAUGAACUAUUCGAACUGUAGGAAAUUGAAGUUAGUAGUGCUCGUAAACUGCGACGCUUAAAGAUCUAGUCCACGUAAAUUUAAGUACACGAUAAUUCUUAUGAUCUCAAAACGAGCACAAUAAAACCAAUAGUUAAUCGAUAGCGGAAGUGCCUCAUGUCGGCUCGGGGACGAUAUCACUAAUGUUACGUAACGCGUUACGCGCAGGCCGCGUGCGUAGCGUUUUAUAUUUUUUUAACGUAGUGGGUGAGGCGCCGCGACGUCUGGGACACGAACUGCUUCUGUGAUGUUCGCUCUAGUGAUGUAUCGAACGGUACGCGGGGCUUGUGAGACGAGUGAGGAAGGUAUAUAAAGUAAUUUUCAAUUUUUAUACUAUAUUUUUUCCAUUCAUUUAAUAACGUCAGUCUAUUUUAUCGUCGAAGAUAUGAUGAUAAUUGUAUAUAAUAUUAGGAGAUGAUGUAUCUUGCUUGGCGCGUUGAGCGCGGCGGGGCGAGCUGCUUGCCUGCUUUCACUAUGUUACUAACGCUACUCGAGUAAGGGACUUAGGUGUAAGUUACUAGCUUGUUUCUCGGUGAAGACGUGAAAACCUCUGACCAAUUUGCCUUUGGUAUUGUGUAGCCUCUUAGACUCGAGAUCGUGACGAAUCGUGUAUAGCGACGCCAACGUAUAGCUUUCCGAUAAUUAUUGAUAUGACAUACAUUUAGUUGUUUUGUUUCGAUAACGUUAGUCACUCCACUAUCUUCUACGGUGUUAUUAUGUAUCUACGUUAAUUUUAUAUUUUAUGUAAUUGUAAUAACUUGCUUCAGUUUGUGAGGUAUAAGAAAUUUGCUGUUUGAAGUGCAGGCAAAGUUUUGUAGUUUCAUUGUCGUAUUGAAUAAAGUCAUAAAUACUAAUAAA